AUGCCGCCUCAAGAUCAGUCCACCGUAAACGACACCUGCUUCAGUGCAUUCUCUGAGGUCCCCGACAUAACUGUAUUCGCCAAAAUCGGACAGAGUGCAACCAAGACAUUGCGCACGCCUGGACACGAGUCCAGCCGGAAACGGCCAUCUCCUUCUCGUUCGCCGUCUCCAACUCCGCGACGAAUGAAGACUCCGGGGCACGGCAGUCAGAUGAACAAUAAUGGUACAACCAGCUUUCUGAUCGACUUCACUCAGCAGAUGGAAGGAGUCAACACAUACCGCCAGCACUCGCCAGUCGACGGCGCAUUCCUGGCCAACGAGGGCGCUGGACACGAUUUUGCCAUACGAGGAGCUGCCGCUGAUGGGCACAGCAUCAGAACGGCAUCGCUGGCUGUGGAACAAGCAUCGCUGGCUGUGGAACAAGCAUCGCUGGCUGCGGAACAAGAGAACUUCGCUAUAAAAGGCUUCGGCACGCGACCUGCCACAAGUUACAACUCCUACCGCACCGCAUCCAAUGCCUCGAAUACGACCUCCAUCGGCAGCAUUCGCGGAGCGUUCAAGCAAGUCAACGGCCUACGACAAACAGCACUAUCAGCGAAGCGUGAAAGCCGCAGCAGGAGAUGCAUAUGUCGUGCUCGAGGAGAGAGCCGCGACACGGGCAGUUUCUAA